UAUUGGGCGUUUGAGAGCUUCCUUCCUCUACUGCGACUCUGCCGAGGCCUUUUUCCAGACCCUCUCGCAGCUUUUCCUCUCAACCAAUACUUUCGCUGCCGAUUACAGCAGAGGUCAAAAGUUACUGAUUAUUAAAGGCCUGUUCAAGCUAAAACUCGAUAUGGAGCCCGUCGAUUGGAGAACUCAAUUUCCUGCAGAUUCUCGAGAAAGAGUUGUAAAUAAGAUUAUGAAUACCUUAAGGAAGCGUUUUCCAUCUUCUGACUCGGAAAAAUGUAUAUCUGAAAUCAAGAAUAUUGCUCUAAAGUUCGAGGAAAAGAUUUAUAUGGUUGCCAGAAACCAGAAAGAAUAUGUAAUGAAGAUAAUGUCAAGGUUGGAGGCAAUGGUUCCUUCGUCAUCAAAGUCAAACCCUCCCUAUUCUGGUCUAAACACCUCGAAUCCAGGUGGUAAUCAAGGCCAAUCAAUUGCUGUUCAAUCCAGAGAUCAGUCUCAAGCACGGGAACAACAUUCAUUGCCUAAUGUUCCAAAUACCAUUGCAUCUGGUGGAUUUUCUUCUAACUUAGCAUCUGCACGGUCGACUGUCAGUGUUUCAGCUCGGGUUCCCUUGCCAAACAGUGCUACUGAAAAUGCCAACUCGCAGAAGUCGGUAGGAAAUUUAUCAGGGCAAGGGGCACCUAUCAAUGUUUCUGCCAAUAAUGUGAGACAGGCGCAAGGGAGACAACAUUUACCCCACAUUGGUACUCAGCAGAACCAUGAGCAACUAAAUCAUCAUCUUGGUAUUCAGGUCAAGCAGGAAAACAUCUCACCAUCAUGUAUAGCCCAGCAAAAACAACUACAGCAGUACCAGCAGCAGCAGCAGCAGAAACUCUUAAAACCUGCUCAGAAACAGACAUCUCAACAAUCUGUCAUGCAAACUCCUGCCAUACGGCCUUCUGAGACACAUGUUGCUCCACUUUCUGAUCUUCGGCAGGAUCAGAUGUCUUCUUUCGAGCAGACAACACGCUCUGUGAUUAAGAAUCAUCCUCACACAGCAUCUAGGCAAAUACACCAAUCACAGGAGACUCCUGAUAUUCAUCAAAAUGUAUCAUCAAGACCAGAUAAUCUAGCAAUGCAAUCACCAAAGCAAUCACAUUUGAUAGGUACUCCUGGCUUGCAGCAGCAACAGACUAGGUUACCAGGCCAACCAAAUAAUGUACAACAAUGGUUUCAGGUACAAAAAAUGAAUCUUUCAAGUGCACAUCAUGAACAAUUGGCAGAAAGAAACAAUAUUUCUGUACCGCAACAAAGCUCGCAGCUGCUUGGAACACAAUGUGCUAGCUCAGGCAUGCUCCAAAGCAAUUUUAAAAUGCAGGAGGAAACCCAACACACUGCUUCGGCUCUUCUGCCAAAUCAAGGUCAACGGUCACAACCACAGUCUCUCGAGAGGCAACUGAACUCUCAAUCACAGCCAGAUAAGAUGCGACUGCUGCCAAAUCCAACAGAACAAGAUCAGCAGCAAACAUAUCAAACAUCAGGAACAGUAACGUCCACAUCUGAGAAAAGGAUUUCAUUUGUAGACAACUGGCAAGAGGAUAUCUAUAGGAAGGUUGAAAGUUUAAAAAGCAAGUUUUUAACACCUCUUAGUGAUAUGCUUCGAAAAGUGACAUAUACAAUCCAGCAGUUCAAUUCCGUCUCUCAACAGACAGAAAGAGUCAGUAUUGAGAGAUAUAAAGCAUUGAAGAAUAGGUUGACGGAGAUCAUUUUGCAUCUAAAUGUGCCCAAAAGCAAAAUUACACCUUCUUACAAGGAGAAUCUGGGUUCAAUGGAGAGGCAAAUACUGCUUAUUCUUCACACAUAUGGAAGGGCAAAGCCUGUUCCCUCACUGCAGCAUGGACAACUUCCUUCUGAUGUGCACUCUACGCGUCAAAUGGUGCAACUUCAUUCUCAAACUCCUCAAAUUCGUACACAUCAAGACGAAAGGAAGCUACCAUUGCAGUCAGUGAACUUGCAGUGUUCUGCAACAGGCAAUGCGACAAACUUGGUGAACAGUUCUAGGUCUCCAGCAGAGCAUCCAACCCUGAAACACAACAUGGUGCAUUUGAGAAAGAAUUUGACUGAGCAAUAUUCAGGACAAGCAAAUUCGUUGACUGCAGUGCAGCAGGUUGCCUCAGGAUCCUCAAAAAUCCCUUCAGGCAGUCCUCAAAAACCUAAGGUUCAGACCUCGUCACAAAUACCCAUACAUGAAACCCAGUCUAAUUUAAAUGCUCUUGAUUCUAGCUGUAGUACACUUAAAGAUAUGCACCUCAAAUUACCUAAAGAAGAGCCGGCUGUACAGACUCAAAACCCAAAGCAAGAACUUCGAAGGCACAUGAUCACGGAGCAACUGGUGCAACAACAGAAAAUAGUGCACCAGCAUCAUGAGCUGGUAAAGCUGCAGUCUGGAGCUUCAUUUCCUCCUGCUGUGCCCAAAAUUCUUGGUUCUUCCUGUCAAGAAAUUUCUCAGUACUCUUCUCAGAUUGACAAGAAAAAUCUGCUGAUACCCCUUACAAAAGCUAGAACGACUUUGUAUCCCGCAAACUCCCCCUCUAUUAAAAUUUCUUCUUUGGUUCCCUUGGCUGCAUCAUCUAGGACAGGAGAUUCUGAGAAACCUAUUUCUGAUACUUCAUCCCUUUCAAAUGCUGGGAGUACUGGAGAUCCACAAGUCAAUGUUGCACAAUCUCCAUCGCCCUUUGUCAUCAGCACUCCUGGGAUGUCUGCGUCACCCUUGCUUGAAGAGUACACUAAUGGCAUUCACCAUAACACUUCAACAAUAAUUUCUGAUGAGUUGACUGCUUCUGAGCAGCCUAUUCAGCGCUUAACUAAAGUGGUGAACUUGAUGUCAUCUAAAACACUAAGUGCUGCUGUUUUGGAUAUUGGUUCCAUACUGUGUACAACUGAUAGAAUAUUAGGACCAGAAACCGAUGGGAGAUCUAUAGGUUCGUUUGGUAAAGAUUUUGCGGAAGUGACCAAUUCUCAUUUGCUAAAGAGGUAUUUGACCUGGCAAGAUAACACCUUUCAAACAAGGAAACUUAAACGCUGCAGAAGUACAGUGCCAAUGCAUGUUGUUGAUAGCUUACCGGAGUUUAGUGAUAAGGAGAAAUUUGACUUGGAUUCAACUGCAAUAUCUUACAUCAGAAGGCCUAGGAUUGAGGUGAAUCAAACCCUCUUAGAAGAAAUUACAGUAAUCAACCGCCAACUAAUAGACACAGUACUGGAUAUCAGUGAUGAAGACACCCCUCCAAUAGUAGCCUCAGCCCCAAUUAAAGUUGGUGAAGGAACCAUCGUCAGGUGCUCCUUCAUUGCUGUGGCCAUCAGUCCAAGUCUGAAGUCAGAGCAGCUUCCAAUCCAGCCUUUACGAUUGCUUGUUCCUGCAAAUUAUCCGUUGUGCUCCCCCAUAUUUCUAGACAAGUUGAGAGUGGACAUCAGUGAUGAGCUAGAAGAUCUUUCAGCAAAGGUGAAGUCAAAACUCAAUAUCUCUCUCCGGAGCUUGACGGAACCUUUGUCCCUUGGGGAGAUAGCAAGGACAUGGGAUGUUUGCGCCCGAGCGGCUAUCUCUGAAUAUGCACAGCAGCUUGGGGGAGGAAGCUUCAGUUCUAAGUGUGGAAUGUGGGAAGACUGUCUUAGUGCUGCUUGAAUCAUUUUUGCAUGUACAGUGCCUGCCUGUUCAGAAGUUCCUCUUAAUAAGCAGCAUGCUCUGUGGAAGAUACAGUCAUGUGGUAUAUAGUCUGCUGAUUGUAUAGAUUUGGAUGACAAUUGGACCCUUUGAAAACAAAAUUUUUGUUUGAUGUACAAAAGUUUUGGAUA